UAUGCAUACGUGAAACAUGCGCCCGACUUCGGUGCGGCCAACUUUGGCUUUGGGUAGUCAGUAUGUCUGCUUAAGCUGUCGAAGGUCUGGCUACGACGCCGUCCGCCAGCCUGGCUUGCGCCCGCUCCAUGCAUCUCCCAUAUUCCAGCGUCCCCGGCGCCGGGAGUUCUUCUCCUCGAACCCUGCCCUUCUCAGCCAGUUUGCUCAGUUGAAAGAUGAUGCAAAAGAAGACACGGCAUCCAUACAAGCGCAGAAGAGGAAAACAGCACGAUCUGCCGGCACCAAAACCUCCCUGCGCAGGAUCGGCCUCGAGGCACAACGUUCAAAAGCAGGCAAUCUUGUCCGCUCGGGCGGAAAGCCCCAAGAGGAUAUUGGCACGCCCAAGUUGGUCACAGCAUACGCCGUUGCCGAUACAUUCGACCUAAAUAAAGUCGUCGAUAUCCUACGCAGCAAGGGCUACGAGCCCGACCCUCUCGGCACCGGCCUCUUCCCCCAGAUCGUCCACGUUCAGAUCCCUAUAUCUUCGAUCUACCGCUCGACGAACCCAGCUGCCGUUGACCUUUCAUCUACCGAGGUCGGAGAUGCCUUCAUAUUCCCUUCCGGCACACUCGUCACCUGGGCACUUCCAGAAGGUUUCACAUCGUACUUUGCGACGCGGACGCUUCUGCCCGCGGCAGAAAAUCCUCACAAAGAGCCUAUCGAAACCGAAGAUCUAGACUAUAUUGAAGAUGCAACACGUAAAGACAGCCUCAUCCGGGGCGAGACAAUCAUACUAGGUACGAAGCACAACAACUCCGGCUCUGACCUGCCGGGUGAAGAGUUUCAGUACCAAUCGGUGGACACGGUGCUCACCAAGAUCGCCUUCUCGUCUGGCUUCGCACGUAGCACGAAACUGGCAGUUCUCGAGACAAACUUGUCCACAUAUCUCACUUCGACCGCCGACAUUCCCGCUCUUCUUUCCAAAGGCUCGCGCCUCCCCUUCAAAUUGUCCCGUGGUUUCAUCCUGCGCAAGACAGGCCAACUUCUUCUCCUCCGCGCCCAACUGAACCUCUACUCCGAGCUCACGGACUCGUUGCCGGACAUAUUCUGGGAUUCUCGCCACGAUUUGAAUCUGGAAAACUAUUACGACCAAGUUGGCCGGGCUUUGGACGUCGGGAUCCGAAUCAAGGUGUUGAACGAGAAGAUGGACUAUGCCGCGGAGAUCGCCACCGUUCUUCGGGAGAGAUUGAGCGAGAAGCACGGCUUGUUCCUCGAGUGGAUGAUCAUCGUGCUCAUCGCAGUCGAGGUCGGCUUUGAGGUUUUGCGAUUAUGGAAAGAAGGGUUCUGGGAGGAGGUUUGGGAAGACGGCAGGAGAAGAGGCCGCCACUCCUCUAAGAAACAAGAGACAGAUAGAAUUUUGGAGGAGGGCGAUGAAUAGUCAUGUAGAUGUGUAUAGAAACGUAUCUAGAUACCCAACUCACAAUAUUGAUG